AUGGAUUCUGAAAGUGGUGCUGAAAUAUUAAUUGUUAGUAAGAAGAGCAGUACUGCAUCACUUUGUGUUGAUGAUGGUUCAACAGUUGCCGAACUCAGAAAAGUUAUUUCUUCUGAAAGUCUAAACUUGGGACCGCGCACUGCAGGUGAUGGUGCAGAUGACGAAGAAAGUUUAAUUGGUACUAUUAUUUCUGGUGAGUGCAUAUGGCAGGGAAAUUGUGAAAAUGAUGGACUUACAUCCAGAUUCAGUGUGUCUAAAGUGGAAAAGCGAAAAAAUUCUGGAGCAUGUGUUGAGCCAGAAAGCAGAGAUGAAAUAAAUAUGACAAGGCAAAAUAAUGUUAAAAAUUUUUCUGUAACUAAUCGAAGUUGGCUGUUGAGGUUAUUUGAAUCAGAUUUGUUCGACAUUCGAAUAGCUAUACGGUAUCUGUCCAGUUGUAAGGAAACUGGUGUUUUAAAUUACUUGGGUAAUCGACUGUUUGAUUUGCCGACUGAGAUGGUGGACUUUUAUAUACCACAGCUUAUAGUACUAUAUAUAAAUAUGCAGGAAGUUGCGGAAGUCAUUCAUCCUUAUAUAGUUAAAAGAUGCAAGGAUAGUGUCGAGUUUUCACUGGAAUGUUGUUGGUUAUUGGAUGCCUAUGGAAUCAAUAUAUUUCGAAAAUUCGAACAGAAAUCUCAUGGACAUCAUUUACGGCAAUCAAUUUUGAAUGAAUUUCGUGAAAGAUCAGAUGAUCUCAAGUCAACGCUCAUGUCGUUGUCAUCGCCUGCACAGCAGCAUUUUCGGACUCUUUCAGAAGCCAACCUGUGCAGAAGUGUUAAUAAAGCUCAGCAAGUAAUCCCAAAAAUGCAAAACAGCGAUGAAGUUUUAAGUAAUAAAAAUAUUCAUCAUGCAGAAAUUUUUGGAGAUUUAACUAGUGGUGGUGCUUUUAACAAUGGUUGUCCUUGUUUUGAUGAUGAACAAUGCAUAAUUGAUAAGGAAAAUGUGAUGAAUAUGGAGUGUACGUGUGGGGCGCUUAAAAUUCAGCCGGAACAGGAAUUCGUAAAGGCUUUGAUGAAUAUUGGUAAUAAGUUAAAAGUUUUUUCAAACAAAGAUGAUCGAACUCGAUGUUUGGUUGAUGAAUUGUGUAAAAUUAAUGUCAAUCUUCCUGCACGGGUAUGGCUGCCGCUCUAUGCACAUUCACUGAAACAUAUUGUCCUUCGAAUACCACCACUUGCUGGAUGCAUACUUAAUAGUAAAGACAAGGCUCCAUACUGUUUAUUUGUGGAAGUGCUUGAAGUAACGGAUAUACGACAGACGAAAGUGCCCAAACGUAUCAGUGAUAUUGAAGCAGCAGAAUAUCAGCGCAAAGGGCGCGAUAUUUUUGCUUCGAUGGCGGAUACAGCCACUAAAUUAAAGAUAAGUAAUGAAGAAACCCGAAUAAAAUCCAAUAAUCUGAUGGGUGUUUUCCCAGAGUCAAAGGAAAAGGGAAAUAUGAUUGAUAUUCGGAAACGAUUUUCGCUUUGGGUUAAGGAUCCCAAGCGUCAACUACGCGACACACCUGAUGAUCCGUCAGCAUCAGCGAUGAGUGAACCCUGGGAGGAAAAAGUAGCACGGAUAAGGCAUUCUUCGCCAUAUGGACGUCAUCCUUUUUGGCGUUUAUUGCCAGUAAUCGUGAAAACUGGUGACGAUUUGAGACAGGAAUUGUUGGCUUAUCAGUUGCUUUCCGUUUUGCGGAAUAUUUGGAUAGAAGAGAAAGUUCCGCUAUAUCUGAGACCAUAUAAAAUAGUAGUUUGCUCAUCAAAUUCAGGAAUGAUUGAACCAAUAUUAGAUGCCUCUUCAUUACAUCAGAUUAAGAAAAAUAUGAUGAUUCGUAGUUCAACAAUCGGUGCAGUGCAACCAGCGCUACUGACACAUUUUUUUGAAACAUUUGGUCCUCCAAGUUCUGAAGCAUUCCUUGUUGCGCAGCAGAAUUUUGUACGAAGCUGUGCAGGAUACAGUCUUGCUUGUUAUUUCUUACAAGUUAAAGACAGGCACAAUGGUAACAUAUUAUUGGAUUCUGAAGGACAUUUAAUACAUAUCGAUUUCGGUUACAUACUUUCCAUAUCACCGAAAAAUCUGGGUUUCGAAACUUCACCAUUCAAACUAACGCAAGAGUUAGUUGAUGUUAUGGGUGGUUUAGAUAGCGAUAUGUUCAGCUAUUAUAAAAUUCUAAUCCUGAAAGGUUUGCUGGCAACUAGGAAACAUUACGAGCAAGUAGUCAGCAUCGUUGAAAUAAUGAUUAAUGGUUCACAGUUACCCUGUUUUCGUGGUGGCAGCAGUACGAUUCGUCUCCUAAAAGAUCGUUUUCAUAUGAAUUACACGGAAGAGCAAUUGAGAACAUUAGUAGACGCCAUGGUUGAGCAAAGUCGUGAUUCUAUUACUACAAGACUUUAUGAUAAUUACCAAUAUUACAGUAAUGGUAUAUUGUGA